AUGAAUUCAUCUUUCGCUCAAAAAGACGUUUUGGAAAGAAUAGAGUGGUCUAAGACACUAAAAGGAAAAUAUUUUAAUUGUUUAGGGUAUUUCUUUUCUUUGUACUGUAUGUGGAAAAUCUUUAUAUGUACAUUCAAUAUACUUUUUGAUAGAGUUGGCAAAGUUGAUCCUGUAACAAGAGGAAUUGAAAUUGCAGUCAACUACAUGGGAAUCAACUUUGAUGUAAAGUUUUGGUCUCAACAUAUAUCUUUCAUUUUGGUUGGUGUAAUUGUAGUUACCUCAAUUAGAGGCCUUCUCAUCACUUUAACUAAAUUCUUCUAUGCAAUAUCAAGCAGUAAGUCCUCAAAUAUUAUAGUGCUGGCACUUGCUCAAAUUAUGGGGAUGUACUUUGUGUCAUCUGUUUUGCUAAUGCGUAUGAAUAUGCCCUCAGAGUACAGGUCCAUCAUAACAGAAGUUUUAGGUAAUUUACAAUUUAGUUUCUAUCAUCGUUGGUUUGAUGUGAUAUUUUUAGUCAGUGCUUUGUCAAGCAUUGGGUUUCUUUACUUGGCUCAUAAACAACAUGCUGAGCCUGAGAUGAUGUAAAACUUUAUUUUCAUCAGCAUUUUAUAUGAAAAUAAAAGAUAAUCAUUUUUUCAUGA